AUGAAGAGAGACUUUGCGAAAUGCGCUGUAGAUUACAAGAACAAUGAGACGGCCCAAGCAGAAUUUGGUUGGAUAGGCCCCAUUGUUGGUAUUGACCGGAACAAUGCGACUCAGAUCUCGCGGCAGGGAUGUCUGGACUUCUGUGGCGCUGGCAUGGACACCUACCCGUGGGGGGAAGCUUCAAGCACCAUCACUACUUGGAUUCUACCCGUUAUCGGCACGCUCCUUCAAGCACCGUUUGAAAGCAACACAACCAAACGAACGCUACUUGCCAUAACACGCUGGGUUGGAUCGCCCAUAGCUUCCUUGUCAUAUGUACUCUGGAACAUCAAAGUAUCUGCAAAGGCUGCCCUGAUGGUCGAUAUGGCUGUCAAGUACGGUCAGACGCCAGAUCGAAAGAGCGACUUCGGCAGUAUGAGAGACUCCAUGUACAUUUUGCUAGCAAUGAACCAGUAUACUCUAAAUGACGCAGUGGUCCGCCGCGAAAAGGAAGCCGAAAGCUUGCUGCGAAUUGUUCUUUUCAGCAAGGACCUGAGACUGACUGACACUGACAAAACUCUGCGCCGCAUGAGACGUAUCUUGGCGCGAGAGCUUCGCGAGAUGAGAAGACGCGGAGUAGUACCGGUGUUCGUGUCCACCAUGUGGUUUUUAUUUGCCUUUGGGCUGUCUAUCCAAGCCGCGUUCGGAGAUUUAGGACAGAACACAACAGCCCACGACCUGGCGUUAGGUUGCUUGCUGGCUUGGUUUCCGAUACUAAUCAUGGGCUCCAUUGUCGACCGCAAUCCUAUUGCUGCAGAUGCGAUUCGUAUAAAGUUGAACGCCUUGGUUGAUCAUGUCCGACACUCCUUGCGUAAUGAACAACAUCGUAACAACUUCAUCGGCUCCUUCAAGAAUCAACCGCAAUUCAAUGAAUUGAAAAAACAGGUCGAGGAUGUCGCAAAUAAAGGAGAGUAUAUGGAGGAGUUCUUCCAGGAAUUUGCCGGUCAAGCGCGCAUACGCUGGCACUACGGUGCAGCACAUCCUAUCCUCUCAGAUAUCGAAAACUGCUACAUCGCUGAAAGGGGACGCAACUGGCUUGCGAACGAGGAAGAAGCGCGAGCAAAUCUAGUCUUAGGACCUGUUAACGACGAGGGCCUUGUAUGGUUUGACAUCCGCGAGUUUUGGCAGGUUGCUAGCGCCAUCACGGUUGUUGGUGGCAGCUGUGGAGGCGCGUUCAUCCUGAGCUACUUCACGCCGACGGUCGGGCUUGGCUGUCGCAGCGGUGGUUAUACCAUCUUUUUCUGCGUUGCAUUGGGUCUACUCACGGUCGAGAUGAUGGUAUGGCUGGUACUCUCACCAUACGAGAUUGACAGGCCAGAGUGGAUGACCAAGACGACAACUCGUCUUCACAGCAAUGUUAAAAUCAGCCAGUGGGAAGGUGACGCCCGUGACAAGUGGACAUACCUUAAGACAAGAGCUUCGAGUUUCUUCGUUAACACUGGAGAUCGUGUCAAUCGGUCAAUCGUGUCUGUCGUGCUUCUGUUCCCGUGGAAAAACAAGGGAUUGAUGAAAGAGCAAGUCGAGGAGUAUUUGGAAGAACUGGCACGACGGCGUCGAAAUAUGAGCCCGCAACGACGGUGGGAAGUUCUCUUUUUCCGCCCCGUCGAGAUAUUUAAUACGAUUUGGCUGAUAUAUAUCGUGGCUGCGCAAACCCUCGGUUGGUACAAGACUUGUGCGUGUGUCACCAGUACGUGGGGUGGUGGAGGCGGCUACCUCGACUUCAGCGUGCAAGACACUGCGAACAGUAAACAGGUCCUGUGGUACUGGAUGUCGGCUACUGUUCUGACGUCGCUGGUCAUGGGUCUAUCCAUGUUCUAUAUCACUGUAGAGUGGUGCCAACAGUCUUUUCUAUCUACCGAGAGAUAUGAGGAUGCCAUGGACGGGCUACGCCUGACCCGAACAUAUCGACACCGGACCUUUCUCGUCCGAUUCGUCUCUCGUACGAUCUCCAGGUUUACAUUUGAUCCCAUGGAGAGGUUAGCUGUCAUUGCCGGUCUGAUCAAGCGUCCUCAAAAAACGCUACUCUGGACCAAGGACCAUACAUGGAAUCCCAGUUUACCACCCGUACCGCAAAGUUCAGUACGGAGAUCGCGACAUGCUGCGUCUCCCUCAAUUGAGCUCACCGACCAUUCCAGUCCACCAUAUAGCGGUGCAAAUAUUCAAGAGACUCCGUUCAUGGCACAUUCUCUGUUUCCCCAAGCCAUUUCGACACGUCGUCCGCGGACGGAGACGGCCCAUUACACAAAUCAACUCGCAGAAUCUCUUCCUGACGAUGAAGAGCGUGUUAGUGGCGAACAUAUUUCCGAUGACCAGACCCCGUUUGGAGGAUGGUUGGGUCUUCACUCAUCGCUCCAAAGUAGACAAGGAUAUACACGCGCAAAUUCUGACCCGGGCGACCCACCACUCCAUCUCUCUGGAGCAACUGAAGAUGGCCUAGGCAUUCGUGUUAAUGACAAAACACCGGAAAGUGGGACGUUUGGCUAA